UAUGAUUCUGCCAUCAUUCUGAGCCACUCUCUGUGUCCGGGCCGUAUUGUUUCAGGCACUCUCUGUCCUCAUUUUCCUCUCACAGACAAGUUCCGUUUGCACACCUGGGCUGGAGAUGAUUGCCUUUCAGCAGCUGCUGAACUGUGCUGCACAGAGAUGAGGGAGUUUCAGUUUUCAGUUUCUCCAUGUCCCACCGGGGGGGGGGGAAGGAAGGGGAGCUGGAGGUUGGCACCAGGAGGUGGGGGAUGGGGGGUGACAGAACCGGCACCACAGACCCAACACAGCCACUGAGUGUAUUAAUACUGCUGUUUCUCUUCUACUUUUCUUAGUAAACACAGCCUGUCUCAGCACACGAGUUCUUUCCUCUUUCCUGAUUCUCUCCUUGUCCCAGUGGGGGACAACGACUCUCAGGGGGCAGCGACUCGCAGCUUUCUGGUGCUGAGCUGCCACCAGAUGGAUCACAGCCCCCAACACUCAGCACGUGGGGCUGGAAGGGUGGAGGCAACACCAGAUCUCACCACAAAUCCUUAAAGCAAAGCAUUAUUGGUAGAACAGCUCAGUACCCGCCGGUCACAGCGUUGAUCUCCUUCCCUAAUUCUUUCCAGGGCUGUUUGUUCCUUCCUCCCUUGCAAAGCAUUUUUCCCUCCGAGUAGCCAUGUUGGUUACCACCUCUGGGUUCAGCCUGGGCUCCUUUCUGCUGUCACCGCUUUGUACACUGCACAUGCUCACAUCACAGCGACCACAGGUUUGUUUGCUGCUGGUGCUCAGCAGCACCGUCCUUCUCGCCCUUCAGGAACCACACAGCAGAAGCACUUCACACGGGUCGCACUCCCUGCGCUACUUCAAGACCAGGAUGACGGAUCCCGGCCCCGGGAUGCCGCAGUUCGUGAUCGUCGGGUACGUAGAUGGCGAACUCCUCUGGAACUACAACAGCCUGGGCCGGACGGUGCGGCCCAUCGUGGGCUGGCUGCCGCAGGAGGACCAGGAGCACUGGGAUGCAGAGACCCAGAAGGCCCGGGACGUUGAGCUGCAUUUCUACGAGUUCCUGGGCAGGCUGCAGGUGCACUACAAUAAAAGUGGAGGGUCUCACACACUGCAGAAGAUGAUCGGCUGUGACAUCCUGGAGGACGGCAGCAUCCGAGGGUACGUUCAGUAUGCAUUUGAUGGGAGGGACUUCCUCGCCUUUGAUAUGGACACGAUGACGUUCACCGCAGCUGAUGCGGUGGCAGAAAUCACCAAGAGGAGGUGGGAGGAGGAAGGGAUAUAUACUGAGGGAUGCAAGCAUGAGCUGGGGACCAUCUGCGUCCAGAACUUGAGGAGAUACCUGGAACACGGAAAGGCAGUGCUGAAAAGGAGAGAACGGCCUGAGGUGCGCGUGUGGGGGAAGGAGGCCAACAGGAUCCUGACUUUGUCCUGCCGUGCUUAUGGCUUCUACCCGCGGCCCAUUGCCAUCAGCUGGAUGAAGGACGGCAUGGUCCGGGACCAGGAGACCCACUGGGGGGGCAUCGUGCCCAACAGCGAUGGCACCUACCACGCCUCGGCUGCCAUUGAUGUGCUGCUGGAGGAUGUGGACAAGUAUUGGUGCCGCGUGGAGCACACCAGCCUGCCCCAGCCUGGCCUCUUCUCAUGGGAGCCGCAGCCCAACCUGACUCCUUCUGUGGCCGGGGCAGUCGGCGCCAUCGUGGCUGUCAUUGCUGCUGUCGUUGGAGUCGUGGUGUGGAAGAGCAAGUCAGGGAAGGAGAAGAAGGGUUAUGAAGCAGCACCAGGCCACGAUGGGGAAUCCAGUGUCUAAGCCAUGGUUAGAGUGUGAAACCGGGACUCAGGAGGGGUCCCUGUGGUUGGAGCGGUCCCGGUUCCCUGCGCUUUUCCGUUGGGCCCACAGCUGGGACAAUACUGGGCCCACCCUCCCUGGAGAACCCCCAAGGUGGUGAGUCGGGACGGGGACGUGGUCCCAUAUGACACCACCUCUUCUCACCCGCACAGGAAGUGAACUUUCCAUCUGAGUGCUGUGCUACUUCAGCCAGCCCUGCAUGCACGUGUUUGGAGUGUGUGGGUGUGUGUAUCUGUGUUUGCUCAACUUCCUGCAUCUCCUCGGGCUGACACAGUGUGUGCUCCCCUGCUCACACACUGUUUCAUACAGUUAGCACAUGGGUUCUGCCCUGUGCUAGGCUCUCUCCUACCAUGUAGGAUUAUCUUACCCGGUGCCUGUGCCAACUGUACUCAAGUCGGAAUGCCCCAGUCUCAACUUUGUUCAGCUUCUUUCUUUGUGAAAAGCAGCUCUCAGCGCUGUGCUCAUGGCAGUCAGCCAUUAGCUUCAAAACCGUGUUGGGCAGCUCAUGCCUUGUAUGGGUGCUGCUGACCAGGCUUUGAGCCAAGCUGGCAUGGUUUUGUAAUUUUGCCAUUGGUAUUCCACAUCAUAGCAUCAUGGACAGCCCGGGUAAUUACAGGGUUAAUAGUCCGGUUCUGUGGACUGACAACGAUCCAGAUACCUGCUUCUCAAAAGAGAAGAAGAACUGCAUAUCCCAGAGGACCUCACGGUCAGAGAGGGAAGAUACGGCACUGAAAUCACGGGAUAUGAGUUGCGUGAUCAGGCUCACACUCUCUCUCUGACAGCCACGCAGAGUGCUGGGUGUGCUUCCGAGCUGUGCGCCUUCAUUCAAGCAGAGCUUUCGGUUUUGGAAGCUUUCUCUUAUUUUAUCUUAUUUAUAACCCGUACUUUCAAUUCGAUUGUAUUAUAUUGUGUUAUCUUGCAUUCCAAUAUGACAGUUAGUAAAAUAAGUUUUCCACCUUA